CGACUUCAUGCAUAUUAUAUGAUGUAUAUACAUUUGACAGGUUUAUACCAGACGACAUGGAGUUUACAGAGGAAUCUAAGUCCGUGUGUACAGAGAUGUCUGCUGCCUACAAUCCCUCAUUGUUUGUCUCAACUGCCCUGGCCCAGUCAAAGGUGAAUUUAACCUGGGAUGAAACAGACCAGGACCGAAUCAAAGUGACCAUGAAUAACUUGUCACAAAGGAAGAAGACGGAUGAUGUCAAUGAGGUGGUUUCCGGGUUUAUCUGCCGUCCAGCUCCGAGGAAGAGAAAGACAGAGAAUGUUCAAGGGGGAUAUGUUGUUGAUGAUGACAAUGAUAAUGAAGAUGACAAUGAGGAGAGACAGAUAGAGAAAUACCGCAGUCUCCUCUAG